AUGACUUCGACCGACAUUGGCGGUCCUUUCAAGGACCAGACCAAGGAGUCAAAGGAAGCGAAUGUUGCUCAAUCGCAGGCUACAGACACGUCAACCUCGUCCUUGAGAGAAGUGUCCGCGGCUGCAUACGGUUCGACAGAGGAGCAUGUAUUCUCAGACCCCAGCAUUGCCGACUACUGGCGCAAGGUGUACGAGAAAGCCCAGUACGAAAAUAGACACCGGUUCGAUCCCAACUACCAAUGGUCGGCCGAGGAUGAGCGAAAGCUGGUUCGAAAAAUCGAUAAGCGAAUCAUGGUGUGGGCGUGGAUAAUGUUCUGCGCUCUUGACCUUCACCGGCGAAACAUCAAUCGAGCCAUUUCCGACAACAUGCUUCCUGAGCUCGGGAUGAACACAAACGACUACAAUUAUGGCCAGACGAUUUUUCUCCUGUCAUUCCUCUCCGCGGAGUUACCGAGCGGACUCAUCAGCAAGAAGCUCGGUGCCGACAGGUGGAUCCCAUUCAUUAUGGUCGGCUGGUCUAUUACUGCUGGCUGCCAGGCAUUUUUGUCAAGCCGAGCUGGAUUCUACGCUAUCAAGGCCUUGCUAGGACUUUUGAUGGGUGGUUUUAUCCCGGAUAUCGUUUUGUGGCUUACGUACUUCUAUAAGUCCAAUGAGCUGCCAUUGAGACUGGCGUGGUUCUGGACUGCACUUAGUACUGUUAACAUCGUAGGAUCCCUGAUCGCUGCAGGGGUUCUACAAAUGCGAGGAGUCGCAGGGUGGGCUGGCUGGAGAUGGCUCUUUCUCUUGGAGGGUAUCGUGACCCUCAUCAUCGGCAUCUUCUCGUGGGGUUUGAUGCCCCCUGGUCCUUGUCAAACAAAGAAUUGGUUCCGCGGCAAGAAAGGCUGGUUUACCGACCAUGAAGAACUCAUCAUGGUAAAUCGCUUACUUCGGGACGAUCCGAGCAAGGGUGACAUGCACAAUCGGGAAGCUGUUGGCCCGUCCCUCCUUUUCAAGGCGGUCAAGGACUGGGAACAGUGGCCUCUGUAUCUCAUUGGCCUAACUACGUACAUCCCGCCAUCCCCGCCGAGCAACUACCUGUCGUAUAUCUUACGCAAGUUGGGAUUCUCCGUCUUUCAAGCCAAUCUUCUGGCUAUUCCAUCCCAGUUCUUGUUCGCCGUUAAUCUCUUGAUAAUUUCCUGGGUCUCUGGAAAGUUCAAGGAGCGAGCGAUCGUUUCAUCAAUAUCCAACAUCUGGAUUUUCCCUUGGCUAGUGGCACUUGUGGCGUUGCCAGCGACUGCUAGCACUUGGAUCAGGUACGCCCUUCUGACGGGUUUGUUAAGCUAUCCAUACUGUCAUGCGAUUCUGGUCGGAUGGAACGCAAAGAACAGUAACGCGGUGCGAACGAGGGCCGUUAGCGCAGCGCUGUACAAUAUGUUCGUACAGGCAGGCAAUAUUGCGGCGUCCAACAUCUAUCGAGAUGAUGACCAGCCCUUGUAUCGCCGCGGAAACAAGAUACUUCUCGGGAUCUGUUGUUUCAACAUUGUUUUGUUCUACUUUGUCAAGCUCUUCUACAUCUGGCGCAACAAGGUACGUGACAGGCGGUGGAAUGCCAUGUCAAAACAGCAACAGGAAGACUAUGCCCUCAAUACCACAGACGAAGGUCAGCAGAGGCUCGAUUUCCGCUUCGCACACUAG